AUGGAACUUUUACUCGGUGCAGCUGUUGUUGGUUUAGGUGUCUAUGCGUAUAGAAAACAUAGGGAACGUCGUGCAAUAGCAAAUGCAUAUAUAACAUAUGAUUACAAAUACUAUAAACCACAAUAUGGGUAUUUGUAUUAUGGUAAUGCAGCCAAUCGUUAUAGAGCUUUACCUUAUCCUUAUUAUAAAACUGGUUAUUACAAUAUUCCAUACGGAUAUUAG